AUGGCGGCUCGCACGUUGAGUAUGGACAAGAUACUGAGAUCUCUUGUUGGUGUAGGAAUCGGAGGACUGAUUAUUGUCAGGGGCUCAGCUGAGUUAUUUCCGCAUCUUUAUAAGCAAAUCUAUGGCCUUAAAGAUGAAAAAGGUGCGUUUGUCGCAGUACCCGACCGUUGUCGAGAACAACUGGAUGUGGUUGCGGAAAGAUAUGGUGUUAAAAAUGUGAACAAUGUUAACUUGUUUAUCUAUCGAGGUUUCCAUGGUAUUUCACUUGGAUCAUCUUUACUUCCCGCUGGAGCUGUAAUAGGUUUACCAAGGUGGUAUUUGUUUCAGAGUGAAGAAGAUAUUCGCAACUCCGGCCUUAAAUUCGGAAAAACAGUUGGUUGGGACUCUGAAUUUGGUAAGGCAGUGUCUGAAACAUUCCUUCCAACAGACGACAUGAUAGCAUUCACAAUUGGCCACGAGCUCGCUCAUACGGAGGAACAUUUUCACUUAAAGUUAUAUCACACGUUUGCACCCCCAACGUGGCUGUAUAUUACGUACAGAAUUUCUAAUUCGACGUCGAAAAUUUUUAAACAUCGAUUUGAUUUGCAAGCUCUUUUUUACCUUGGCAUCAUUGGAGUAAGCCUAUUUACUUACACGCGCGUUUACCAAAAGUUGCGCCACUUCGCAGAAUUCGAUGCAGACGAAGUAUCUGCUAAAUGUGAUCCUCGUAUGGCACGAGGUGGCGUUGAUUUUUUUGCAAUGACAUUGAAACGAAACUUAAUGCAAAGAGCAUUGCUUGGAAAGGAAGGAGAGAAAAGUUUCACAGAAGAAGGGAAUUUUAUAGCACGUUCUUUAAUAUCAACGCAUCCACCCUUCACUGAUAGACUUGAUAGAGUGAAAAAUAUUCUAGAGUCAUCCCCAAAGUAGUGUUUGUCAAGUGACAUUUCAGGCCUGUAGACAGAUUUUUAUGAAGGGGGAGGGAGGUUCUCCCUGCAAAAUUUUGAAAAAUUGGGUUGUCUAAGACUGCAUUUUAAAGAAUGUUACUUCAAAGAAAAUUUCUAGGUCAAAAAUUAAUCUCUGAGUAAUGUGUCAAGCUCAAACCUCUUUGAAUGCUUCCUACUUUCUUUUGAUUCAUCAAUAUUUAGUAGAUGGACUUUUGUGGCCUGUGUGGGAAUGUGUAUACAACUGUUGUCCCUGCCCAUAGGCCUGCAUUUGGAUGAAAAUAUUGAAUUUUUUUACCUUGUGUAGCUUGAGUGACUUGUUCAAGUGGAAGCAGAGUGAUGGCAGCUGAGAGAAAGAGGAGUAGGAAUAACUUUUGGCUUCUCAGUAAGGAGUCAUCUUUGAGAUUAGAGUCGCCUACCCAAGCUAGACAUUUGACUUUACUUGAGAUGUCAUUAUCAGUGUUGUAAUAAUUUUAAGAAAAAGGGUUCAUGUCAUGGAUUUUAACUGACGUGUUGUGCCCUUAUCAAGACACUCUCAAGAUCCGCUUAUGUUGUUAAGGGUGUUAAGUAACAGGUUCACAUACAUUUUCUACAGUCAAUAUUAUUGUAAUGGCUAUCAGGUUUCAAUCACCCUUUUAACAUUUAAAUUGUAAGUUUUAGUUAUUAUUUAUAAUUUCUGUCAAUUUGUAUAGUUAAUCAGGACUACACAUGACAGAAAUUUAAAAAUUUUUUUUUUGCCUCUAAGUACUCACCCCUUUCCUCUUCUGUUGAUUUUAUAAACCUAACACACUCUUCUAGCA